GAGAACGGCAGACGAGCAGAGGCGGCCGCUCUGACGUGUUCACUGAGGCAAUGCCCAGGUGCCAGUUACCCAAGCACGCACUUACCUUGUGUACAGCAACAACGACUUGGCUGUGUAAGGCGGGUACGAUCCAUAAAAAGACUGGUGCCGCCCACUGCUCCUUCCUAUACGAGAGAUUGAGUCCGCGGCCGGCGUCCCCAGGGCGCCAUGUCGAGGCGGACCUGCACGUCUUCAAGUUGCUUUGUAGUGAUAUGGAGAGCUACUGCCUUUCACGACCGAAUGAUAGACGAGACUCGUAGGGCUCUUUGUAAACAGCACUGGCAGCAAACUCUGUACCCUACGAACAUUUUCCUCUCCAGUCACUCUAAUAGCUCAAGAUGCUGCUUGUGGUGCGUGGUCUUUCAAGUCUGAAAGUAAAACAUCCCUA